UUGCUGCAGUCCACGGCAAGACAUCAGCGCGCGAUAGUCCAGAAGAGUGACCAAAUUAUGGGGUUACUCCGUCUAACGUCGUUCCUUAUUUUAGGAUUUUGCUUUCUUUUGCCAGAAACGUUCUCCGUGGAUUGGCUAUCGAAGGCAAGAGACGAUAUCUUAAAACUUCGAGGUUCAAUUCACCUAAACCAGAAGGCUGAUAUUCUGUUUCUCAUCGACUCGUCAGGGAGUCUUUGGGGUCCCCAGUUCGGUUACGAGAUGAAAUUCGUCAGGAACUUGCUGAAUAAAAUUUCGGUUGGAUAUGAAGCAACUAGAGUUGAAGUCAUCCCCUUCUCCRAUUCAGCCAGCCAUUUCAUUAGGUUUAUCUCGGAUCCAAAGAGUACCAAAAACAAGUGUUACUUCAACCAGAGGUUCUCCACACUCAAACAAGAAAAUGGAAUGACAAAUAUGAAAGACGCCUUUCAGAAAGCUUUUGAUGUAUGCCUUGGGAAAUGGCAAGGGAUUAAGCGAUCUCCGAUGAAGGUCUUCAAAACAGUAAUCAUUCUUUUAACCGAUGGUUAUUGGAAUUGGCCUCGACAUGAUAACGACCCCACUCCGAUUGCAAAGAAACUGAUUGAUCAGAAAGCAGAGAUAUUUGCUAUUGGUGUUGGUGGUGGCGUCCACUUUCAAAACUUAAGAAAACUGGUAGCUGGUCAGAAGCCUGGUAUAGAAUAUGCAUUUCAUCUUAAAAAUUUCAACCAGUUUAAUGAACUUGCUACUUACAUCAGAGGAGAUCCUCACCAGAAACAAUGGGAAACGGUCGACGUUGAUGCUUCCAUGUGUGGCAAUCAGUGCGAUGGCCAGGCCAAGUGUGCAUGCGGACUGGUCAAGGGUGACUAUAAGUGCGCAUGCCCAGCAGGAAUGGCGGGCUCUGGUAUACCCUGUCCACCCGGGCGGUACAAAGAAUUCGAAGGGCAUGCCGAGGAGUGUACAAAAUGUCCAGAUUUUUCGACGCACAAGAAGCAUGGCAGUAAGCAUCAUGGUGAUUGCGAGUGUAUGCCAGGGUAUUUUGGAAACCCCAAUAACCUGACUCCUUGCAAACCAAGAGACUGCGCAGUUUUAGUGGACCCGCUCUACGGAUCUAUCAAAGGAAGCUGUAAGACAACGUUGGGCAGCGAGUGUUCCUUUGAAUGURACGAGGGGUAUCGGUUGUUAGGAGAUGCUACAAGACAAUGCAUUGUUAAUCCUAAAAAUAACACAUUAGUCACUUGGAGUGGCACUCCAGUUACUUGUGCGGCUAUCACCUGCCCAUCUUUAAGGGUCGAUCAUGCCGCUGAACCAAAUGGUUACUGCUUUGAUAAGGACGGUAAUAAAGCUUCUUCGAAUAUUGUCAAUGUUACUUGUAACUUCAACUGCUCAAGAGGUUAUCGAUCCAGUGGGGAUCUUUCAAGAACSUGUSRCCUUGAUGGAAAGUGGUCAGGAACGCCUACAGCUUGUACUGAGGUUAGAUGUGAAAAGUUACCAAAGGUUUCCAUUGGCUUCUACACUCCCAAAGAAUUCCAAUGUGACGAGAAAGCGCAAAAGUUUGACAAGGAAUGCAAGCACAAUUGUCCGCAUGGAUAUUACAUGCCACCGGGCACAAUUUAUGAUACAACAAAUCCUCGAACAUGUGAUUACAAGACAGGCACAUGGACCGGAGAGCCGCGUGUAUGUAAAGAUUACCAAGUUCCGGAGUUAAAUUGCUCGUCUAACAUACAAGUUCCCAACGAYCCAGGCGAGAAGACAGCAUCUGUGUAYUGGAAUUUUACAUUUGAUGACAAYUCGCUCCGAGCUGGAGCUCCUGGGGUUACCAAGGAGAUGUUUUCAGUAUCCYUGAAGAUCAACGACAAAGAGACCAGCUURGACUUGCCAAAGCUGCUAGAAAUUGGUAAGAAUGAAAUCCAGUACCAGGUUACAGACCGCGAUAACAAUUCCGAAAAAUGUGUCUUCACAGUGGAAGUCCUUGAUAAAGAACCUCCUACCUGUAGCUUCUGYCCCCCGAGUAAAGAACUGAUGGUCACAAAAUCCACCAACUUUCGACUAAGCUGGAAACGACCCAAUUGUACGGACAAUUCUGGUAUCCCACCCGAAACUCGACCGAACAUCAGAAUGGGGUCUUUAGUGGUAGCACCAGGGGUUUAUUCUAUUGAUUACACAGUCAAAGACAAGGCUCUUAAYACUUAUGUGAACUGUUCAUUCUUCAUUAAACUUAAGGUGCCCGAGUGCAAUGCCUUCAKCCCACCAAAGAAUGGCUUAGCAAGAUGCAUCAAUUAUGGCAAUGUCUUAGGUUGUACAGUAGCAUGUAGAGACACUUAUGAUUUCGUCUACAAACCCGCUAGUUCAUACAGUUGUACAAAUGGAAAGUGGGAUACUUGGUCACCGACAAACGACCAUGACCCAAGGGAACAAUGGCCUGACUGCUCAAAGCGAGCAAAUCCAUCAGAAGCAGCAAUAAAAGCAUUACCACAGUUYUAUUUCAAAGGAGAUUGCAAUGAUCCCAAUGUACAGGAACAACUAAAGCAAGGCUUUGUAACUAUUUUGUCCCCUCCAAAUGCUCCUCCGUUCUUCUGCCUCUUCAAUCCACAAUGCAAUGCUCAGAAUGUCAAAAUCUACUGCGGAGAAACUGACGCAAGUGCAAGAAGAAAACGAAGUGCUAAUACUCGUCAGGUGUAUUUUGAAGUUACGUACGUUGAAAAGUCGAACCAAAUUCAAGCGGGGAGCGACGACUUUGCCAACCAAGACAAGUUCAAGGUUUUCAAACAAGAGGUAGAUAAGAAAAGGGAUGAAGUAUACAGAAGUUUGCAAAAGGUCAACUGGGGUGCGUUCAAUACCAAGACAGGACUGGACCUUGGUGGAACAAAUAAUUUAAAUCUAAAGCAGACUGAGGGMUAUUGCUCUGAGGAAGGUGCUGUGGUGAGAAAAUGUACGAAAAAUCAACUACAGUAUUAUCCAAAGCGGUGCAACUUUGAUAAAGGAGAUAUCACCAAAUGCAUCCGUUGUCCAGUGGGUACMUAUUACAACAGUGACAAGGAAGAUUGURACAUAUGUCCCGAGGGAUCAUWUUCKCCRAAUGAAGGAGCACUUGAGUGCAAAAAGUGCCCCUUGGGAACAUGGACCUUUGGGGACAAAAAAGAGAACUUUACUUCAUGCCAAGCYGAGUGCGGACCUGGUUACUUCUCAAACUCCGGCAUUGCUGUUUGCUUCCAGUGUCCCGCAGGAACCUACUCGAGCGAAAGGAGAAACAAGAACUGCACCGUGUGUCCCGCGGGAACCACCUCAGUGGCUGCUGCAUCAACAAGACUUGAAGACUGUGGAAUGAAGUGUGCCCCAGGAACGUUUUCAAGUAACGGCGUCGAGCCCUGUACCCCAUGUCCCUUAGGAACAUAUCAACAUCAACUUGGACAAACAACAUGUCUUCCAUGUCCUGGACGACUGUCUACUUAUGGAACCGGUGCUGACGCGUCUUCUAGCUGUUUUGAGGUCAAUGACUGUAUGUCUAGCCCAUGUCAAAACAAUGGCAAGUGUAUAGACACGAAAGAAUCUUACAGAUGCGAAUGUCUCGCGGGAUUUAUGGGAGACAGAUGUCAGAUAGACGUUGAUGAGUGCGCUGUCAAUCCUUGCUCACUAGGUGCUACCUGCCUUGAUAAGGUUAAUAGUUACACUUGUUUGUGCCCUGAAGGAUACACUGGAACUAAAUGUGACAAGAUGAUCGAGACAUGUAAAACCAAGAAUCCGUGUGUGCGCGGCACGUGUAAGGAGAAAGGAGCAGGAGCCGAGUGUGAGUGUCCUGUUGGUUAUGAAGGACAGUUCUGUGAGCGAAACACCGAUGAAUGUGCGUUAAAUCCGUGCCUCAACAACGCUGUCUGUAUUGGUGGAGUGGAUUCCUUCCAGUGUCUCUGUAGAAAAGGAUUCAGCGGACAACUCUGUCAAAUCAACGACAAUGACUGCAAAACCAACCCCUGUCAAAAUAACGGGAAAUGCAUCGACCGCAAUGGAUUCUAUAUUUGUCAAUGUCCCGCGGGUUACUCAGGAGCAAACUGCGAGCACAAGAUCAACGAGUGUCAAUCUGAGCCUUGUCAAAAUGGGGGCAUCUGUACCGAAAAACUAAAUGGUUAUGAUUGCGCAUGUCAGCCAACAUAUAYUGGUGUCAAUUGCCAACAUCUCCAAAACAUUCUAAGGUACACAAAUGUGAUCUACAAUGCCAGCAUCCCAUCCCACGACAACGCAGUUAUGUCGUCCACCUCGCCCGAGGCUUGCGCCGCAAGUUGUGAUUCUCAUUCUUCGUUCCUCUGUCGAUCGUUCGACUUCAACACCAGAACAAAGAAGUGCUACUUGAGUGCAAAGCAUUCAGCAGAUAACCUUGUACAGAGAGACGCAAGUGCUACUUUCAACUAUUAUGAACUGAAUUGCGCAAGAUCAUUGGGUGUUACCUCCAAGCUGACCAUCCCCAAUAGCUUCAUGACAGCAUCUUCAUCUCACAACGGUCUGUGCGCUCCUCACAACGGCCGCCUCAACAAACAGCCCAACAACAACGCCAAUGCGCAAAUUGAAUCAUAUGGUGCAUGGUGCGCAGCAACCAAUAAUAACGGACAAUGGCUCAAAGUGAACUUCAAUGCAAUCAAACGAGUCACAGCCGUUGCGACCCAAGGUCGAUAUGACGCUGAUCAAUGGGUGACGCAGUACAGAUUACAAUACAGUAUGGACGGCACGACAUGGAGUACCUAUCCACAAAAUUUCAGGGGAAAUACAGACAGGAAUACCAUAGUAAGACACGAGGUUCGUAUGUUCAAUGCGCGUUACGUAAGGUUUCAGCCUAUCUCCUGGCAUGGUCAUAUCUCUAUGAGGGUUGAGAUAUACGGAUGCUCAGAGCGCAAGGUUAAACCUGCCGACAACGUCAACGAGUGUAGCAGCAGUCCAUGUCUUAAUGGUGGCGUGUGUGUAAACCGAUAUUCACGCUACAUGUGUCUGUGUAAACAGGGAUUUACUGGACAUCGAUGCGACAAAGCCAUUCCAUGUGGUACUCUCGAGUCCCCAAUCUAUGGAGUAAUACACUCUUCUGGCAGUACUCAUGGUAGUACAGCAACAUUCACUUGUCGUGCGGGAUACAGGAUCAAAGGCACGGGAACAAGAUCUUGUCAAAGUGGACAGUGGACUGGGACACAACCAACCUGUGAAGACAUCGAUGAGUGCCUUACAGGAGGCCAUGGGUGUAACCAGCUCUGUAUAAACACACCAGGAAGCUAUACAUGCGCAUGCGCACCAGGCUACCAACACACGAGCGCAACUCAGUGCAGUGAUAUUAAGGAGUGCAGUAUGAAUAACGGUGGCUGUAGCCACUCCUGUCACGAGAGACCAGGUGCCGUCACGUGUUCCUGUCCUAGUGGCAUGAAACUCCUCAGUGGAGGACGUACAUGUUCUGAUAUCGAUGAAUGCUCUCGCGGUAAUGGUGGAUGUGAGCACACUUGCUUCAACACACUCCGUUCCUUCAAGUGCUUGUGUAACAAAGGCUAUAGACUGAAUUCCAAUCAAAGGAACUGUGAUGAACUUUCUUGUCCAGCUCUACUCCCUGUGGCAGACAGCACGAAAAAAGGAAACAGUAACUUGGUUUGGACUGCUGUCAGAUACACGUGUAAUAAUGGCUUCAGGAUUAUUGGUUCAUCGAGAAGGGAAUGUCAGGCUGACUUACAAUGGUCUGGUGUACAGCCACGCUGUGAACGUUUAUACUGCAGAGAAGUCGGCACGGUAAAGAAUGCCGUUCGUUCACUUGUCAAUUAUCACAACAAUCGUCCAGUGUUGGGCAGUAUUGCUCGCUUCGCGUGUAACCCACAUCACGUGAUGCAAGGUUCUCCUGAUAGGGUUUGUCAGGCUGAUGGAUCAUGGAGUGGAGAAUUACCAAGAUGUAUACCGGCUUUCUGUUCCAAGUUGAACCCUCCGUCACGUGGAACAGUCCAAGGAUACCGUUUUGAGUUGGGUGCAACCCUGCGCAUUACAUGUGAUAAAGGAUACAAAUUAAAGCCAGCUUCAUCGUCGUUCCGAACAUGUGUCAAGACACCUUCUGGUGGAGGCACGUGGUCUGGCCAAGAUCCUGUGUGCGAAAUUGUUGACUGUGGUGAUGUUAAGCCGCCAUACGGAGGGUAUCGCACUCUCCCAGGAGGCACCAAAUACCAAGCAGUCGUUACUUACACCUGUAAACCCCAGCAUCAUCUUCAAGGCAAACCAUCACAUGUGUGUCAAGCUGAUGGUACAUGGAGUGGAAGCCAGCCAGUAUGCUUAGAGAGGUCAUGUGGAUAUCUGGACCCCCCUGCCAACGGGGAGAAGAUUGGUGAAGGACACCAGUAUGGUGAAUCUGUCACGUUUAAAUGCAACACCGGCUACAACCUGAUUGGCUCUUCUAAGCUGACCUGCCAGACAUCAGGACAAUGGUCUCAUUCAGUGCCCUCAUGUCAAAUUGUAAACUGUGGAGAUCCUGGAACACCAGUUAAUGGAGUGCGCUUUGGCAAUACCUUCACCUACAUGAGUUCAGUCUUUUUGGAAUGUAACCCAGGAUACAAACUUGUUGAUUCAAUUAUUUAUUUCUUCUUUCUUAAACUAAAUCAAUGUAAUUCAGCCACGAGUUGCGGUAGACUACGCGUCGGACCAACCGGAACGAUUACCUCUCCAAACUAUCCAUCAGAUUAUGACAACAACGAGUACUGCACAUGGGAGAUACGCGUCCCUGUAGACAAGAAAGUCCGCUUAAACUUCAAAGACUUCAAGACUGAACUAGGAAAAGAUCUGCUAAUGAUUUACGACACCAACCAAAAAACGCCAACGAUUUAUUUUGACGGAACAACUAAUAUGCCUGGGCCAUUCACUUCCUCGGGGAAUAGUCUUCGGCUACGAUUCAUUUCCGAUGGGCAGACGGCGAUGAAGGGAUUCAAGGUCGACUACACGCAGAUUGACAUGAACUGUGGAGGAACACUAUUAGAUCCUAAAGGAGUCAUCACUUCCCCAAAAUACCCAAACCCCUACGACAACAACUUGGACUGUGUAUGGCUGAUCGCUAGACCCAACGACAGGAUAAUGAUGUCUCUACUAGAGUUCGAUACAGAAGAUCACCACGACUUCUUGGCAAUCAGCUUUGGUAGAGAGGUGACUAAGGAUCUUACCUACGAGUGGUCAGGUUUGGGGACAUCGAUAAAGCCGUUUGAAUGCCUUAACUACAUGUGGUUGCGAUUCAAGACUAACUGGAUUACGACGGGAAGAGUACGUAAGGGAUUCAAGGUUCAGUAUAGGGGUGUCAACAAGAAUCAAAUAGCACGCAAGAAGUAAAUAAGAAUGUAACUCAUUCAUGUGUGAUCCCGAUACAUUAUAAUAAACAAAAAUUGAAAUGAUCUGAA